GGCGCGGACGAUUUGUAGGAAUGGCGGGCAGUUGGUCGCCGGGUUGUAAGGGUUGCUCUUCUACUAGCUGUACGUGUGGCGGCGACAAGGGCAGGUGGGGCGACUCCUCCCUGUUAGGUCGGCGACUCUCGGAGGACUCGGACCGUCACCAGCUGCUGCAGAAGUGGGCAAACAUCUGGAACUCCUUGAGCGAGGACGCGUCGGUGGCCUGUGCGGAGGGGACGCGAUGCGAGGAGGCUGCGGAGCCGGCCGAGGAGGAGGACAGGCCGUUGGUGUUUCUGUGCUCCGGCUGCCGGCGGCCGCUGGGCGACUCCUUGAGCUGGGUGGCGAGCCAGGAGGACACCAACUGCAUCUUGUUGCGCUGUGUUUCCUGUAAUGUGUCUGUGGAUAAGGAACAGAUCCUGUCCAGACGUCAAAAUGAAAAUGGUUGCGUCCUGGAGGCCCUGCACUGCUCCGGGUGCUCGCUCAGCCUCGGCCACGUCUACAGGAGCACGCCCGAGAGCCUCGACUACAAGAGAGACCUGUUUUGCCUCCGGGUGGAAGCCGUUGAAAGUUAUAUCUUAGGAUCCUCGAAAAAGCAAAUUGUGUCAGAGGAUAAAGAACUUUUUAAUCUUGAAAGCAGAGUUGAAAUAGAAAAGUCUCUAAAGCAGAUGGAAGAUGUUUUGAAAGCAUUACAAGCGAAGCUGUGGGAGGUUGAAUCAAAAUUGUCCUUUGCCAGCCACAAAAGCUGAACCGUCCUCCACGUGCCCCUUCCGGACUCCCUGCAGGGGGACCAGCCAUGCUAGUCAUUCGAUUUCGCUCAGAGUGGAAAGAAUUCUAAAUGGCCGUGUGUACAGCAUGUCCUCUUGAGUCGAUCAGAUGAGAAGGACUGUAGCAUUGCCGGUAGGAUAUAGUCAGUGGUAAACAUGGUUGUUUCCCAAAGUUGAGAUUUAAAGCCGUUUUAUGAUACUUGCUGCAAUUGGAAUUUUGGAGUGUUUAUUUUGAUAAGAAACUGCUAUGCUUUUUCUGAACUAUUUUCUCCUUUGUAUCAGAUUCAUUGUUUACUUCCUUUUUUUAAAAAAAAUUAUUCACCUCGGAUGCUUUGGGAGAUGUUUAAUAUUGAAUGGCAAGAAAAUCUUAGAGGUUUUUCCCACCCGCUGUGUGAGUGAAUCUUUGAAAACUAAUGCAUAAAGCUCUCUGAAGAAACUGGUCAGGUGAAUUAUUUCUCAGAACUGUCUGAACACUUGCCCAUGAGCAGAAGAGCCUAUGUUCUAGGGGUAGCAGAAUCCCACUUGACCCGUGUGUUCACUGCCGUCCGCCCGAGCGAAUCUGGACCAGUGUUCACCCAAGGGACUAGGAGUCCUCUCUGAGGGCGGGAUUCUGGGGGGAUUCUCCGUUUCCUCUAACCUGGGACUUACAGUAAAUGUGCUAUUUUUAAAAUCAGAGAGAGAAUAAAGAUUAAAACAAAGUAUUUUACAAUUGAUUUUUACAAAACUGAGUUGUAUUUAAUUGAACUCAGAAAUCCUGACGCCAUGACUUGUACACACUUCCUGGCUUGUGGCCCUGAGGACGGCUGCUCAGGAACAGAAGGGUAACCCCAGAUUUCUCCAGGCGCCUGUUUUUGGGUGCAGAUGAGGCCGCAUUACAUUGGUUCUCAGAAUGUAGGGGUAACUCAACCGGGUUUCUGCUCAGAAGUCCCCUAACCCUUUCAGAGAAUAUGCAAAGGUAUCCUAACAAAAGGUCCUAGGUCAGAUCCACUGAAUGAUUUCAAGUUACUGAGUAAUUUUUGAUACCCUGGCCAUAGCCGCUAAUUACCAGAAGUCAGUGAGGCCUCUAGGGUGGAAUAUGGUGGAGAGAAAGCACACACGUGGACCCGCGGCAACAACACAGCCCUGUCGCCUCAGCGAGCUUGAUGCAGUCCCGAGCAUCUGUCCCCCGAGGUGCUGCAGGGGCACGUUUGGAACAGGGGAGAGGAUGUCGACAGCAGGAUUUCGCCGGCCCUCCAGCAGCCAUUUCCGGGGCUGUCCCACAGGCAGGUAGGUGUCUGGCCCCCUACUUCUGUGUAUCUGCCCGCACGGGGAUGCUGACCCACGCGCGGCUCCCAUCGGGGACCCCGAGAGAAGCCCGGGCCACCUCGCACGCGCCUCCGAGGAGCUGUCCCCGGAGCUGCGCCUCCGGCUCGGGAUGUCCAGCGGGCCCGGGCUGCAGGCGGAGCGCCCGCACGCUGUCUGUCACACGCCGUCUGUCACCGGAAAUCCCAGGAGACGGUCGUGGCCCAUACGGGAAAGUCUUCAUCUUUGGCCCCUGCCGUGGGAAAGGUUCCCAGACUGCUCACCCCAAGGCGUCCAAGUGGGACAGCUUUGUGUCCCCUGCGUGCGGCACUGUGACAUUUGCAGGAGGGGGCUUUCCCGGCCUUGCGUGCCGUCUCCUCAGAACGUGACUUUAUAAACUCACCCUGUAUUUCCUCAUCCUGAAACCCACACGACAGGAGGCAACGGGCUCUUGUUUCUGUUGCUUGUAACUGGAAAACCCAAUGUGCCUGGUGUCUGGUUCCCAAGCUCUGGGGCGUUGCUGCCUGUGAGCAGGAAUGAGGCGCCGAGGCAAGAAGGGGCGUCCCACCCGAGCUGCAGGAGACCCGCAAGGAGCCUUCAGGCAGAUCCGCCCAGGAGUCAUUCCUUCAGCCAGGCCUGGAGGGGGUGCUCCCCGCUUCUUCAGGAUGGAAACUGACCAGAACCGAUUUCGUGGCCUUUCCACACCCUCCUAGAACUGUGUCCGUGCAGAAAGUUACAGACUUUCAUCCCAGAACAUGGGCUCUGACGUUCCCAGCCAAUUCUCCCAUCACGUUUAUAAAUUUCCAGCUCAAGAGCCCACGGAGGUCAUUGAUCUGUGCAGCAUGGAUGGCCGGAUGGACGAUUCUAGUCAAGCUCUGGACAUUUAAAUUGGGCAAAAUCGAGAGAAUGCAUCCUUGAAGAAUGGGCUCUAGGCAUUUAGCGGGGACUCCUAGAGCGAAGAAGCCCUGAGGGAAGCUUCCUUCCGCUUAUUUUUGAGGGAAAAUCUCACAAGCAGCAGAACACCCAGGUCAGGGGCCCAGUUUCACUGCUUUAUUAGCUGCGUGACCCUGAGCAAAUUAUUUAAUCAUUUUGAGCCUCUGUUUUCUCCUCUGCAAAAUGAGGACAUAAUAGCUUUUCCUUGAAUCACAGAUCAUCAAAUUAGAUAAUGCUUGAGAGCGAGUUACUCUGAAAACAGUAAAGCAUCACAAAAAUAAAUGACGGUGACCUAACCUUGUUAAAAAUGGGUUGAUCUGAGUCACUUUUCUGGUACACCCCUGGGGGUCUAUGGAUGGAAGAGGAAGCAUCUGAAACACUGUAACAAGAGUAUAAAUAUUACCGUUUAUUGAAUUUCUCUCUCCAGUUACAGAUAUAUGAACACUGUGGAAGAUUUGAAAAAUAGAAGCACGACACAAAGUAGAAAAUAAAACCAACAUCAUCUCACAACUCAAAGACCAUGAUUCACUUUUUGGGGUAUAUCUUUGCAGUCAUUUUUUUAUGGUGAUUUGGAAUCAUACUGAACAUACUGUUUUCACUUAGACGACUUCACAGCUAUGUUUCUGCAAUUAUUAAAUCUCUUCUAUAACCUGA